CAUAAUUCCAUAACCCCCCAUUCAGCUCACAUAAUUUUCAUUUUCCCAACAUUUCACAGAAAAAAAUGAGUGGGAGUUGAGAAUGAGAUGAGUUUUUUUUUGAAGAGAGAGUGAGAUGAGUUCAUCACCCUCAAACUCUUCUAGGCCGGGGAGGUUCUUUGAUUUGCUUGUGAAGAAACACUGCUGGGCUAAGGCUGACACGGUGCCUGGCCGCCACCCAGACCGGUGGCGCAAGGAUUCUGCCGGCAACAUAGUCUGCAAACGCUUCUGCAAUUGUCAAGGCUGCCUCUGUUUUGAAUAUGAUCACAUUGUCCCUUUCUCCAAAGGAGGUGAAUCAGUGGCUGAGAAUUGCCAGAUUCUCCAAACGAGAGUGAAUAGGCUCAAAUCAGAUAAGAAUGAGAUUGAUGUUACUCGGUUAAAGGGAUACUCAUGCGAUAUAAAGUUCACUGGAUCUGGCAUCGGGGAGGAUGAUUGGCAGUGCUAGAGAGGAGGAUGGCCUCUAUGUUUUUGAUGAAGGAACACAAUUGAAUAAACAAGAUAAAGAGCUUGAUAUUAUUGAAAUGGCAGUUUAUGGAGAUGUUGUCAGGCCUGGAAAACAAUGCCGUUGCAGAACUAUCGACGAAGUGUUGGGAAAACACAAGCCCAAGGACCACACAGCUGCUUGUACAUUGCCAUAUGACACUCAAUCCUUAUAGCAUGCAAUGAUUUACAAACAGCGUGAACUCUCUAAUCAUAGUUUUCCUUGGGGCAUAACUUGCAAAAAUUGGUUUUGCAGUAUACAGCUAACUCUUGUUCACCAAGUUUCCAAGCCUAACUGGUAAAAAUGUCUCCUGAUAAUGGUCACCAUUCCAUUUCUAAUCUGAAACUUACAAAACGUAUUUUCCUGCAAUAUUUUUUUUUAUUUUUUCAUCAAUGUCUCGGGAAUGUUGUUGUUUCCAUCAAUAUCAAAAUGUGGAGCAAUAUGUCCAAAAUAUUAAAGCUCUCAUAGCUACAAAUAUACUGAUAUUUUUAUCCUUGUUUGUUUGUGAUAAGUUUGUGGUUAUUACACAUGCUUAAUUGUGACAACUUUUUAUUGUUACUUUUUUAUUCGAAUC